CAAACCCACGAAUCCUUUGGAUCAGGUGACGAAGGCGACCCAAAACAACGACCACACUCGCCCUCCGACAUCUUUUUGCGCAGCCAUGCCGGCUUGUCAUGUUGGCCGCAAACGCCCGCCAGGCGCAUUGGGGACCGGCGGUAUAUGUAGAAGUUUGGUCCAAUCAAAAGCAGCUUAGGCGCGGACAAGGUAUGCGGGAGACCCUGUUGCUCUCCCUGAAAUGGCCCUCGUCUCCUCGGCAGGUCGCGGGUUGCGGCCGGUCCUGCAAAAGGCACCAGCCCAGCUUCGAGGCACAAUGGCAUGAAAAUUCCGCCACCAACUCGGAGAGCCCCACACCUUGUAUCAACGGCGUUUGUCGAAUCUGGAGUUUUUUGGGGGGUGCCUGUGUUUUGUAUGAGGCAGAUUUCACAAUUUCCUCACCUUGAUAUAAGUUUAGACCAGAGACCGACUUGCAGAAUGCCAUCUGUUCAACAUUGAGACCAUCCCUUGAACGCACAUCACAGGUGUCCAUUGAUUCCUGGUUGUUCAUCCUUCAUCCGCAUCUUGCAACAUCUCCAAUCUACUCCUUCUAACGGCCCCCCAUCCCUCCAUACUGUCAAGAUGGAUGCCGUUUGUGCCUUGUGCGAUCGGCUCUUUGUCAGCGAGGAGUCCCUGGAGCAGCACCUCCGGGAUUCUCCUGCGCAUGCUUCGGUCUACGAAUGCGAAAAGUGCGACCGGUCUUUCAACAGCGAUGAAGCUCUGCAGCAGCACGUUCGCGACUCGCCCGCUCAUGCUGCAACCUUUGACUGCGAGACGUGCGACCGGUCUUUCAAGACCGACGAGGCUCUCCAACAGCACCUCGAGUCCGCCGCCGUUCACCAAACGCAGCUGCAGCUGGCAUCGAAGACUCCCCUGGACGAGUUCUUCCUCUCGUUCGAGGACUUUGCAUACAAUCCCUCCGACCCGCCGGCCAAGUCCUUUGCCCGCCUCGAGAAGCACCGAGGCUGGGCGGCCGACGGCUCUGCUUCCAGAAAGGCCUGGAGAAAGUACCAGACCGCACUGGCCAGCGAGCUGGACAUGUGGUACGGCCCCACUGAUGAUUUGACGGCGUGGCAUACGCUCUGCCGUGCCAUUGGCAUCAAACCACUGCCCGAGUCGUGCACUCAAUGCAAGAAGGCUGUAAGCAAGAAGCACGUCAACAUUGUCGACUUGAUCGACUGGUCGCGCAACCGGGGAACCAGCGAGACGCCAGUCCAGACGUUCCCCAGCGUGGCCCAGCUCCAGGCAUAUACCAUCAAGACGCGCAAGAUUUUCAGCAAGGAGAAGGCCAAGGCCGGCGCCCAGGGCAAAAAGGCGGUGUUGAAGCACUUGCUGCGGAAAAUCUUUUAAAGACAAUCAUUUCAUACCAUCAGUACACCCAGAGAUUGGAUGUACUUGUCGUGAUAUUUGUCACUUGCUCCCUGGCCAGAGAUGUGUUUUGCAACAAACAGAGGUCCAGACCUCGAGUCGUCUCUGCCAGGAUUGGGAGGCCGGGAAUAUGGGAGUUGAUGUCUUCUUUUUUUUCUGUUUUUGUCUGUCUGCUUGAACAUAUGGGGUUGGUGGUUUGUUUUUCAGUUACUCUUCCAAGAAAUUAGACACUUGGCAGGCAAAGCACGUGCAAGGUUGCAGCAUCUGAUGAUGCCGAUGGUCACGGCUGGAUGCCUAUCCAGAAUGGCGCCUCGAAUGAGAGGCUUCUGCAACAAUUUACACUUGUAUUUUUCAGGUUGUGGUCUAACCGUCUUGUCCUGUGUGAAACCUCGGGAUUGAUUCUGUGAAUUUGUAAAUGUGAAAAGUUAUGGUCUGGUGUCGCCUCCGGUCUAUAUACUAGAAAUAAAGACUCA